AUGUUCUAUACUUUCUAUUCAAUACUGCUAAAGAUAAAACUUCUUAUACUUUCUACGGCUGCUUCUUUAGAGCUGUCGGAUGUAAUACAUUUGUCUGCCUCGCUGUUCCCUAUAUUAGCCUUCUGUGUCGGAGGCUAUGAACAUAUUAUCGCAAACUUCUAUACACUGCAGGCGGCCCUUAUUGCUGGGGCCCCCGUCUCUGUCGGGGGCUGCUGUCUAAUUGGUGCGGUGUACUGGUACAACUUCUACCCAACUGUCUCCGUCAGAGAUGAGUCUGCUGUCUCUUCAAAGAUGUUUUCAUCGGCUGCUAUUCAAGGCAGCGCCCCAGCAGAAGACGACCCCGAAAACCCUGAAGCCCGCUCCUUACAAGGUAACCCUCAACUAAGGGCCCUUCCUGUCUCCUUAGGGGCCCCCUACUGUCUCUUCAGGGGCCCCCUACUGUCUCCUUAG